CCAUCUGGAGAACAGUGGAAAAAACGGUGGGAGUCGGUACAGGUCUCGAACGGUUGGCAAUCAUAAGAUCUACUUCAACGAUAAGGACCUGGUCGUCCGGCCGAGGCGAUCCCGCCGUCUCCGCAACGAGCAGCAACAGCAACAGCAGCUCGAUAGGGAUAGCUACGGAAAGUACUACUGAGCGCCACCCAUGGAAAGGCGCCUGAAAACGUGACUCAUCUAGAUAGAUAUCGUAGAAAGUAGUAAUUGAAUUACCCAACCAAAAGCGACGUUCGCCGUUUCGGUUAACCUCAGAUAGGAAUCUUAUCAGCGAAUCAAUCAGCCCCACCCUUCAAAUCUUCGAUUGCUCACGCAAUUAGUGGAAUUAAAUCCUUCCUUGUCCUGUCCCGUUCGACGAACAAGUUCGCUGACCCUUCACGCGCGGUACAAAUCCAUCACACUAAAGAGGGGGAGUAACAGAAAACCACUUGUCGCAACUACAGAGCCACGCGCUGCUAGGGUGGUUCCGAGGACAACGAUGGCAUGGUAGAAUUGAUCUUAUUCCCUGGAACGAACAUUUGAGACUUGCAUCGUGCACCAAUGACCAUUCAGGAAAGCCGAAGCAGCACCAGCACCCACACGACGCCACACAGUUCAAGUUCAAGCGCCUCCAACAACUCAACCACGACCAAUCCCGGAAGUAGCAAUGCGAUAGUGACGGUGCCACUCGUUUCGAGUAAUGGUUCCAGCAGUGCAUCAGCAGGGUCGGCUGCCAGCACCGCUUCCAGCCAUCCGAUGGACAACGAACUAGCCGGGGGAGAGGUGGACAACAACAAUCACUACCGAGGCGAGAAGCCCCUACAAAAUGGCUGCGAAGACAAGUGGAGCUGGAGCAAGCGGGACCGCUCGAAGGAGGUGUGGCUCAGUGGGUCCAACAAUCGUACGGUGCACUUCCAUCCCAACUGGAGCAAGGGCACGGCAGGGAUUCGGGGCACCCGGGUGCUCAACAAUGGCCGCUACUACUGGGAGCUAAGUGUGUCACAGCGGGUCUUUGGGACGAGUAUGAUGUUCGGAAUUGGAACCAAGAAGGCACGGUUGCAUGUGAACGCCUUCACCAAUCUACUCGGAGAGGACAAAAACGGAUGGGGCCUGUCGCACAAAGGACUUCUGUGGCACGGUGGCGCGGCCCGGAACUACACCAAGCGGUUCAAGGAGAAUCAGGCUACCAGGAUUGGCAUCCUGUUCGAUGGGAUCGCUGGGACGUUGACGUACUACAAGGAUGAGGUGUGCCUAGGGAUUGCCUUCCGGGGGUUGAAUGAGAUCCGAGAGCCCCUGUACCCGAUCGUAUGUUCGACGGCCGCCAAGACCGAGAUGGUACUGACGGAAUCGCGGCGAGAUUUCGUGAAUCUGCAGGAUCGCUGCCGGGCGAUCAUCAUCAAACACAUCAAAACCCGCGAGAAGCUGGACCGACUGACGCUUCCUUACUGCAUUACCAACUAUCUGGCCGAUGCGCUAUCCGAUUGCAGCACUCCGGUGAUGCCGCUGGAGCAGCAGCUGAUCGACUACUAUCUGUUCUAGUGUAAUCCCUUGGCGCAGAGGGCAGUUCUUCCCAGCUUUUUCUGCCCAUUUACGACGGGCAUCAUUCCAGUGCUAGCUGUUUAAUAGUUGUUAUUUUGAUAGAUGAAUUCUCAAUUUAUUAUGAUUAUUGUAUACCAAUUUUUUGUUGAUCUUGUCAAGAAGCCGUACUCCAAAAAUGCGAAUCAGUUUCGCUUUGAACUAGUCAUAGUCUUAGUGUUAGUAUUUAUUGGCAUUAUUUAUUUGUUGUUUGGUAUGGUAUUUUUGUCUGAAUCGAUUCAAUGCUUCUAGUCACUGUGUAGACUGAUCGAGUACGAUCGAAUCAUUUUGUUUUUCCAAAGCCACAACAAAGCAUCAUCAAGGUGAUUCUGCGUGGCGAAACGAGUGAAAUUCUAGUCAUUUUGCGGGAACAUAUAUAAGAAAACGCAAAUCCAAAAUUCUAGGUGUGUGUAAUAGAAAUCAAUCUAGUCUGUAGGCCAUAAAUCUUCAUGCACAUACUCGUAAAUACAUACACUCUAUUGGAGCGUAUAAAUAGUUUACGAUGAUCUGUAGAGCUCUGUAUUAUGUAAAUGCUAAAACAAGGACGAUUGCUUGGCAGAAGCGACGAAAAGACAAAAUGUAUAGAUCCAACAACAGGAUAGGAGGUAGUGGCAUUCAAACACUAAAACAGAGUUCUAAACCUUUGUGAUGUAGCUGUAAAUAUCGGUGUCGUAUAUGCAGCAAGUUCAAAAAAGGAUAUCAAAAGGAGGCAGAGAGAUAGAGAGCAGGAUAUAGAGCGAGCGAAGCAUGGAAAGCGGUAUGACUGGAGCGAUGAAUGAUUUAGAUUUUGCGGAAGCUUUGUGACGGUGAUUGCAAGUUUUCUCUAAUUGUCUGACGACCGUCGCGAAAUGAUUGACGAUUGAGUAGUGAGCAGUGUGGUUGGCAUAGAAUAGAUGACUGUUGGAGUUCAAUUAUUUGAUGGAUCUUCGUGAUGUUGAUUUGUGUUAUUCAGGAGCAUUUGUAUGAAUGUGUUAUUUUGGGUGAGUUGUUAUGUAGGCAGAACUAUAUUGGACUAUAAAUGGUAAAAUUUGGCUAUUAUUUAUUAGUUUCAAAAUUGACGGAAUCGACUGCUGCUAGUGGUUUGCUGGGGUUGCUCUUGAAUGAUAGUGAUAUAUGAUAUACAAUACUUUUGCAUUUACUGUUCUAUUGCAUUGUACACUAAUGCAGUCAGUUUUAUUUUUUGCAAUGCUCGUGUAAAUUUUCAUUAAUUUCGUCAUUCUAUCGACAUGUUUACAUUCCACGGUAAAUGCCAUCCGCAAUACUGCGAAUGAUUAUCGCAUUACUCGAGCUCUUUAACAAUAUGGAUUCGAAUUUUGGAUGAUUGUCUUAAGGUUGACUUCGUCGUCAGAUGAUGAACAUCCAUAUGUCUGUAAUCCAAAUAAAAGAUGGAUUUUAUUUGAAAUUUGAAAUUUGAUUAUGAUUGUACAUUGGCUUAGCAUUUUAAUUGAUUCGCCUACCCGGCUCUUCAUCUUUGUUUCAUUGGAUAUUCUAAUUUAAUGUUUGCGUUUUUCAACUAGUUUUCAGAAUGCCCCUUUGGGGGUGUGUUUUGUUUGAAUUGGGAAAAAUGAGAUAACCUACCUAACUACGAGUAUAACUUAACCUAACGUGCACAUAUGAUCUAACCUCAGACAGGUGUCUCUGAACCUUUCCAGGAGGAAUACUCUCCGUUCUUCUAAUUCUGAAUUCCAGUCAGGAGGUGGACCUCAGACUUUCGAGUCCGCGGUGGGGGACCGUUUAGGAUUAUCAUAAGGAUCUUGUUCUGGAUCCUUUGCAGUUUAAGAUGAUGGCAGGGCUGGCAAAUUUCAUUUUCAAUGAAAGAUCUCACGCGAUAUUUACAGAGAUACUUCUGUCAUAGUCAUCGGACAGAACGUGACAGUGUUGUGAUCAUCGUGAUUACUAGCUCAUUUAUUGCUAUUAAAGUUUCUUAUACAGAGGAAAUCUUAAAAAUAUAUUCACUCUAACGAUUACAUUCGGUUGCUUGCUUAAAUUCGUCUAAAUCAGUUAGAAAUGUUGAUGUCAAAACCGCAUAAGAAUUAUUCUCGUGAGUGCUUGAUCAUUGGAAAUUGACAAGAAAGCUCAUGAUAGGUAGUUUCCCCGAGUAGCACACUUUCAUCAAAAUAAGUUACAGCAACUUGUUUAUGCCUGAAAUAAGUCGUAUAUAAGUUUCUACAAUUGAUUUCGUCGUCUCGUGAUAGUGAGAGGACCUGUUUUCACAUUGUCACAUGACGACCGUGAUAUUUACCAGCUCUGAUGAUGGCAUUUAGAACAACUCUCCCAGAUUGAUCUAAAUGCCAUACCAUCCACAAUAACAGGUAGCAUUAGUUGUCUAUAGACUUACAUUACCUUACCAAUCAGGGUAAGGCCUUGUUGUCCUCUGCUGUCCGAAGAAGUCGUCUCCACUCUACUCGAUCCAUGGCCACUUUUCACCAGCCUCGUAGUCUGCGAAGGGUCGCCUUCUACUUGGUCGAUCCACCUUGCCCACUGCGUGCCUCUUCUUCUUGUUCCUGUUGAGUCGCUUUCGAAAUCCAUUUUCACUGGGUCGUCGUGUGGCAUUAUUAUGACGUGCCCAGCCCACUGUAAGCGCCCAAUUUUUACAAUGUGGACGAUGGAUGGUUCUCCUAGCAGCUGGUGCAAUUCGUGGCUCAUUCGCCACCUCCACGAUCCGUCAUCCAUCUGCACUCCACCGUAAAUGGUACGAAACACCUUCCGUUCGAAAACACCAAGGGCGCGUUUGGUCCUCCACGAGCAUAGUCCAGGUCUUGUGGCCGUAGAGGACCACCGGUCUAAUCAGCGUCUUGUAGAUAGUCAAGUUCGUGCGGCGGCGAAUUUUAUUCGAACGGAGCGUCCUCCAGAGUCCAAAGUAGGCACGAUUCCCUUCCAUAAUGCGUCUUUGAAUUUCUCUGCUGGUAUCAUUUUCGGCGGUCACCAGUGAGCCCAAAUAUACGAACUCAUCGACCACCUCGAUUUCGUCACCGUCAAUCUGAACUCGGGGUGGGAGGGUAACAUUGUCUUCCCUAGAACCUCUUCCUUUCAUGUAUUUUGUCUUCGAUGCGUUGAUGGCAAGUCCAAUUCGCCUAGCUUCAGCCUUCAGUCUGAUGUACAUUUCCGCCAUCAUCUCAAAGUUCCGUGCCAUAAUGUCAAUGUCAUCGGCGAAGCCGAGAAGCUGGAUGGACUUCCUGAAGAUCGUGCCACUCGUGUCUAUCCCAGCUCUUCUGAUCACACCUUCUAACGCGAUGUUGAAUAGCAGAUACGAAAGUCCAUCCGUAACCCCCUCGAGAUUCAAAAGGACUCGAGAGUGUCCCCGAAAAUCGAACAACGCACAUCACUCGAUCCAUCGUUGCCUUGACCAAUCGCGUCAGUUUAUCCGGAAAUCCGUACGUAGUCUGCCAUAGCUGAUCUCGAUCGAUUGUGUCGUAUGCGGAUUUGAAAUCGAUGAACAAAUGAUGUGUGGGCACGUUGUAUUCGCGUCAUUUCUGCAGAACCUGCUGUGAAAAUUUGGUCCAUGGUAGCGCGGGUACUCAUGAAUUCCGCCUGGUAUUGCCCCACGAACUCUCUUGGAAAUGAUGUUUAGCUAUAGAAAGAAAUCUUAUUUUUCAGGGAUAAGGUGGACUUUCGAUUGAUAAGCGUAUACAGUGAUCUUAUCAAUAUGUUACACUUGGUGUUAGUUUUGUCAAUGUCAAUGCAAAGAAGCUUGCUGUCUAGUGUUAGUCCGAGGUACACAACCUCUUUGGACCAUUCCACCACUGAGCCGUUUAAGCAUAUCUUAUUGUUUUCAGACGUCUUGGAUAUUGGGAAUGUGAAAAUUUAAUGUCCUGGGUCUUCGCCGCAUUGAUACAGAUCUUUCAAUUGUUGAAAUACUCAGACAGGACAUCCAAGCCUCUCUGAAGUUUGGCAGUAAGAGCUCCGAUGACCCUUCCCUUGUACAAACUUAGAUUUUUUUUGCCGAGAUGGACACCACCGAGCAGCCCGGCAUUUUAUUUUGCUGGAUCUCAGUGAAAAAUUUGCCGAGAUUAAGCAUGCUAUGCUUGUUAGCUGAGAUCUCGGCAAAUUUCCCGUGUGUUAGCUAAAUCUCUUCAAGUUUUUCACUGAGAUCCAGCUAAAUGAAAUGCCGACCUGCUCGAUGGUACUCAUCUUGGCAAAUUAAUCCAACUGUGUAGACGAUGGAUGUAUCAUCUGCAAAUAGACACAACGUUCCACCAUCUGGGAGAGCUGGAAUGUCGGACAUGAACAAGUUGAAGAGGAUGGGCCCAAGCAUACUUCCUUGCGCAACGCCCUCACCAAAGUUGAGAUACUUGGAAUGUCCUGUCUGAGAGGUAAUUUUGGAUGAUCUUCACGAGGAAGAUUGGAAGACCGAGGCCAUCAUGCCAGACAUUAUCAACGUCUAACAAUGCAAUGGUAGAUGUUUUGAAUACCGACUUGUUCCGCCUGAGCAUAUUGGUUACUCGAGUCAGUUGGUGAGUAGUCGACCUACCUUGUCGAAAACCAAACUGCUCCUCGAAUAAGAUGUUAUUUUCGUCGGCAGAUGUUAGAAGCUUUGAUAACCCUAAGAGAAGGCUGAUAGCUCUGUAGCUGAAGGAAGAGGAUGCUUCCCAGGUUUACGGAUAGGUAUGACUUUAGCUAACUUUCAACCAGGCUUGCUGAAACUCCUCAAAAUCACUGGAGGUUUUGAAACACUCUUGUCCUGCGAGUUUAGUCAGCCCUCACCUCGAGUGAGUGGCGGCAGGAAUAUGGAAGGAGUGAUGUGAUGUGAAUAGAACCCACCAUCAGUGCAAGGAUUACCUA